CCUAAUACCCACCUACUCACUGAAGACGUGACUUCCUAGGCCAUUCAAUGGACUUGAUCACUCUUUUUUUCUCCUCAGUCUCAAACGGAAAGUCAAGAAGUUGAAUGAUAUUUCAUUUGACACGCGUAACCGUCAGUUCAACUCCGCCCCUGAACCUGACUAUGGAAAUGCUAUAAAGGAUGGGGCCUGUUGCGUACAUUCCCUGUCACCCCACCCUCACCCACCCCCGUAGAGCUGGUCUCUUUUAUUCACAUCCCAACUCCCAAGACAAACGCCAAGGGCGCUGGUCGCCUUCCUCUUACCAAUCACAAAAAUCCUACGCAAUGUACUUCUGCUCAGCACUUACAGCCGUCAUUACGCUUGGGGCCGUUCAUUCCGCUCUCGCUCUUCCCGUACAAGGUCCUCCAGGUUUUGGUCCUUGGGAUGGUGCAGUGGGUGUCCCAGUCGCUCCUGGAAUUCCUAUACCGCCUGCAAAUAUUCCUGGGCCUCCGCUUCAUGGUGAUGAGCAAGUUCUCGUCACCGUUGAAGAGAAUUUGAGCCAUCUUUCGGCACAUCUAGCCUACCACCCCAACGAUGAUCAGUAUACCCCAUAUCAGGAAACCGUACCUUCGCUUAUUUCUGUGCCUGUCAAAGUUGGACCUAUGCAUGCAGGACCUGAGAUGUUUGAGGACCAACUGCUGAUUGAGGAAAACAGGGCCAUCGAUGUCGAGGGUCCUUUUGCCAGGGGCCUUAUGAAAAGAGAUAUUGGUGAAGCCGAUGAUAAACUUCCCCCUGGAACGACGCACCAGAAUCAGUUACAUACUCGGGGUUCCACAAAGAUUACAGCUACCUUGACCGGCGAAGGUCGCAGACAACCUACACUAGUCCAAAGCGCAGCCAGAAACUCCGUUGAAGACUUGUUGAAUGCAAAAAAAUUGGAACUAAAUAUAGUGGGGGACCUUGAAGUGACAGUCGAAGGCACCUUCAAAUGUUCUACAACGUCGGCCGAUGUACCAUUCAAGUUCUCGGUUGGCGGUAAGAAAUAUACUGGGGUUGCAAGGGGACAAGGCGAGGGCGAGAUCACGAGGAAACGUUCAUAGGGAAGUAGUAAGCUUGCAUGUAUACGUUGCAAGAAUGAAUGAGGAUAUCUAGUUUUUGGUUAUGAGCCUGAACGAGAGUUGGGCGUUUCACUGAUAGAGAUUCA